AUGAUGCAGAGCUCAAUGCAAGGUAUACCAACGGGUGAGGAUGUGUUGCCUGCUUCAUCAACAUGGCGCAAACAUGCACUCAACACAGGUCGCAGGUAUCCCUCCAAGCAGAUCAACUUUGUCACUCUAGACGAUCGCUCAAUCGAGAACAUCUCAGUAGCAACAGCACACAAUAAAUCAAGUCAAAUGGUUAUAUGCGAUACAACAUCAAGAAAGGAUUGUACAAGGAUUGUGAAGUUGAACAAGGGCAAUAAGCCAACGGAUAAGACAACGUUGUCUGUUGUACGUGACUUUAUACAGGAGGGCCCAAUACGCUCGGUUGAUUGGCUCGACAGGGCACUGCUGCUGGGCAGCGCAAAUGAUGGACAGAUAUUCAUGUACGACUGCUCAGAGAGCGAUGUGUCUGAUCCAGUGCUGCAAGAGACAUACACAAUCACGCGACUCAAGGGUGUCAAGGACAUCACGUACCCCGUCGGUGCGAUGGGCGUCGACACAUCUAUCAAAGCAGUCAGCGUCAACAAGCUGGCCUCGGAGCAGACAUUUGGCUGUCUCGAGAACAACGCCUUUCACAUUUGGGAGUUCAAGAACCCUGUGCAGCCCAUCGUGUCAUUCAGAGCAUCAGAGAUGCCCCUCAACACCCUGGCCUGGUCACCGCACUCACGUCACUAUGCAGCGGUGGGCGGUGCUGGCGCCACCAGCCUAAUGCUGCUCGAUCAGCGACAGAUGAGCAUGUACGGGGCCAAGCGCAACCCUAUCGUGUGGCAGCGCAGCACCAGCCCUGGCGAGCGCCACGGCACUUGCCAAUCAAUCAGUUGGCAUCCAUUCGUACCUUACUGGAUGGCGACCGCCACCGAUGGCGGACUGAUCCAGUUGUGGGAUCUGCGAUCGACGCCCACGCCCGUCGUCUCAUUCGUCGGCCACAACGGACCCGUGUCCAACAUUGAAUGGUGUCCAUCACACAGUGAACUGCUGGUCAGUGCCAGCUAUGACAACACUUACAAGCUGUGGAACAUGGCCAUGGAGCCACACUACCUACUCUUCGAGAAGGACGACAGUGCACCAUAUGUCCACUCUGGCUUCUUUGAAGACGACAGCUACAACAGCUUCAGUUGCAACCGACUUGGUCAAGUACUCUACUCACAGAUAUCGCCCAAGUACAUGAACAAGAAGAUACACUCAAAGUUCGAUGAGGACGACCUCGCAGAGAAGAGAGUGGAGAGUUUGAUCUAUAAUAGAGACUUUACAAGUGGAUUCGAGAAGGCGAUUGUGUUGGCAAACAAGCAUUCGCGACAAAACAACAUUGACAAGGCGCACACAUUACUCAUGUUGUGCUUCCAAAUGAACAUUGAAGACAGUCUGUCCAGUGUGAUCAAGUCGACGGCGCCACGAGAUGACAUGAGGAAGGAGUUCAAGAAGAACAUGGAGGCAUUCUCAUACUUCAUCCCUCCAUCAUACUAUGAGAGGUUUGGAACAAAGUUGUCAACCAAUCUGAUGACAAAGAUCAAGGAGUUGAAGAUAAACUUGGACAUUCUGCGACAUAUUAAGAACUGUAGUGGAGAGGAGAUUGUGGAGAUUGAGAGGGAGAUUGUAUCAACAUUGAAGGCCGAUCACCUGAGUAUAAGGACAGAGACCAUCGCUGACUUGGUGACAGUGUUCCUCAAUCACGACCCAACCAAGUGUUACAGCUUUGUCAUUCAGUUGGUGGAGAUCUUCAAGAACAAACUGCCAUUGAUCAUGCCAAUUAUCAGAUUGCUCAUAUAUCCAAAUAUAUUUGAGAAGAAUCCACUACAUGUGUCUAGCACAUCCAGUCCGGCACUGGGAUCCGGCGGCGACAAGGAUGGUUUGAACACUUCGGGCAGCACACUACAGAUGCCGUCCAAGUCAGCUGGAGCAUCACCAGCACCUACAACAAAGAAUCAACAGCCUCCACCUGGCACACCAACCUCAUCAAGACUGAACAGAUCGUCUGUGGCCCUACCCAAGGACGCAGCAGAGAUUGAAGAGGCCAAGUUGAAUGAAUACCUUGGCACGCCAGAGGCAAUCAUUCAACAAUUGACCUUCAUGAGGGGAUACUCAAAGAUCUUGGCAUCACCUACACCUGUCGGUGAUGGAUCCAAUCCAGACUUUGAGGACAUCAUUGACUUCUCAUCAAAGAAUAGACCUGCCAUCAUCCUAUCCUCAUCCAUCAACAGGAUGUAUCUCUCACUCCUCGCCGAGUCACUAAUUUACGAUCAGUUGUUCAUUGUACUUCUAAAUCUACGAAGUGUUACCGAAGGCUUUGAGUUCAAUGAACCAUUGACAGAGCUUUACGAAGCAUUCACUCCAGACUUUUUGUCAUUCAUCAAGAACAGCCAACAGAGGGACAAGAGCAAGCUUUGGGACUCUGAACGAUAUUCGAUACCAUUGUUGACGGCAAUAUCCAUCCUGCACAAUGUGCCAGUGACUGCCAUCCCCAAGGACUUUUAUGAUACACUGACCGAAUCGAUACCAGUUUUUAUCGAGGAGUUGGACAACUCGUUCCUGUCGAUGUUGCAGCAGCCCGAUCCAUCUGUUCCUCUGCCUGGCAAGAUUCAGGCGCAACAAAAGUCAAAGGGUCUAUUCGAAGCGGUCAAGUCCAUCACAGACAAACAUACACAACAAUCAAAGCGAGCCAAGACUGCAUCAAUCACCGUGUCGCCACAGACUGCCAAAGCCAACAUGGAUCUUCAGGGAUACGUCCAAAGCUUGAACACUACAUUAAACAAAUACUUGUAA